GCCGCCAUCUUCGACUCUUGUGAAUGUUUUGGUCGUAGUUUCGAACUUUAAGGCCUUUUUCAUUUGUGUUAUGCAAAUACUUGAUAAAAAUCGUUUCGCUACAUCAUAGAAAUUAUUGUAUUGUUUGCAAACAGGAAUCAAUAAAAAUGUGACUUUCGAGUAAUUUCUGAAACAAUGACCUCGACUGUCAUAUAGUAUUUGCGGACUAAAAAUAUUUUUACAAGAUUGUUAUGCCGUCAAAACUUGUGAAGAUUAUGAAGGUGGAUGGAUAAAAAGUCGGUUUUCGAUUGCAGUCAUAUGAAAUAAACCUUGGGGGCCGGGUGCUCUCCAUCGCGUCUCGGGCUGGACCCAAGAUGCUAUUCACAGCAUGUCAGCGACAUCAGAAUAUGAACCUAGGGUCCGGCAAGUAAGUAAAAAUUAUGGGCCGACCCCCUCCAGUGAAAAUAUGUAUGAACAUGUGUUGGAUCACAAAUUAACAGAUACUAUGGAUAUAUCAAGUGUACGAACUCCAGUAUUGAGGACUGUACCCGUUUCACCCACUCAUGGUGACCCUGAACCUGAUUCCACAAACCCUGAAAGCAUAAUUCAAGCUGUUCAUAAAGUUGACAAAAAUAUUGAAUAUCAUAUUAGUGACAAGAGGUGUAACACAGAGAUGUCUGUCGAUUCACUUUCAAGGAUUGUUAGAAUUGAAGAAACUCUUGAUAGUGUAGGCCGAAUAGCCUACCCUAUCAUACAAGAAGCUGAUGAUUCAGGAGAUGGAAAUUAUGCAGAAAAUGCUGCAACUCUUAUUCAAACUCCAUUGAAUACAGCAAUUGUACAGAAUGUUACAAAGCUUCCACAAAACUUUACUAUUAACGUAGAUGGAUCUGUAGGAAAUAUUACAGCCAUACAGAAUGUAUCUCAAGAUGUUUCAGGCAAUCAAACUCUAUGGUUGCCUACAAUCCUCACUAGUGCUGCUACGGAUGAUAAAAAUGAAGAAGAUAGACCACCAGGUGUAUCACAGAUUAUUAUAACAAGUGAAAGUUAUGUAAAUGAUACUAAUCAAUCUGGUCGAAGAACAAACAUUAUUACUGAAACUAGUUACAUAAGUCGACCUAAGACUUCUAAAGUUCAAAUUUUAAGUAACAUAUCUUUACCAAAAAGUUCGAAUUAUUCACAACAAUACAUAGCUCAAAGUAAAGAAAUCAGUGCACCGGUUUAUGGAACCCAAAAUCAUGUAUAUAAGUUGAGUGCCAAUGUUGUAUCCCAAAAACAUUUAAACAAUGCAAUGUUAAGCACAAAGCCACCAAAGAGUCAAUCUCUUAUAGGUGCUGCUUCACUUUCUCCUACUGUUAUAAAUAGUAGUCCAAUAAAAAAUGUGCCAUACAGUCACACUUAUUCAAAAAGCACAAACGUAAAUAAGGUAAAUAAUGGUGCUAAUUUAAAUGCUAUAGUAGCAGCUUCUUCAGGUACCCAAUGUCAUAUUUUGUCCAGAGUUGUUUCUGGGCCAAAUAAGAUAUCAGUUCAUUCAGGAAGAAAAUCUAUAAACACUUUUAAGGGAUCAAAGAGUUCUCAAAUGUCUAAUCAGAAAAACCAGUCGAGAGCCAUUAAAAUUAUACAGCAGGCUGGUACUGCACAUAAAUCUGAAAACAAAUCCUGGCCAGUUGCUAGUGUCACAUAUAAAAGUGCUGUCUCUGAUUAUGGUGUUGUUGAAACACACACUUCGAAAGUUAUACAAAAAGUUGGAAGUCCGAACCAAAAAGUUCAGCAACCUAUGGCUUUACAGAAAGUCACUAAAGGUGAGCGUCUCGUACUUCAAUCACCUUGUGGACCAGUGUUGCUAUCCACUGCUCCUAUCAGCACAAACCUGCCGAAAGGACCACACUAUGUGCAAUCUGGGUCUACACCAAAUCUCAGAUAUGUACAAACAUAUGGAACGGAUAAUCAGCUCUCUACUGUGUCUCAAGUAUCCGCUAACCAACAGUUAACUGCACAGAUCUUACAAUCACUUUCCCAACCCAAAAUAAUGUUACAUCAGAGCUCUAAUAUACCUAUUCAGCAAGUGGUAAAUCUUAAUCCUCCACCGCAUAAAAUCGAAGAGCCAUCCGAAAGAAAUGUAAAUCAAAAAAGAAUUGUCUUAGGGGACAAAUCGACGCUCCUAACAGCAGAAGAUAUUGUCGGGAAUGAGGAGAGACCUAACCUGGCGGAAGAAUUACGUCGAUACUCAUUUCAUGCACUGGCAUUCCUCAUGCUAGACCACACAUACGCUUUGCCUGCUCAGAAGCAACCCGUCGUUGGCAGUCCGGCCUCCGCUCCGGCUGCUAUAUCUCCAGCCGCACCCUCCCCGCCCGCGAUCGCGACCACGACCCCACCGACUCCACCGAGGAGCUCCCCCGUCGCUGCCGCGCCAUCGCCAAACGAGGCACCUGUAGCUGCCGCCCUUUCCCCGAUCGGGGUCACCGCAACCCCCUGCACGGCUACGGUAGUACAACCGAUCGCCCUCGCCUACAAGCCACAGCCGGCGCAGGACGACGACACAGCUUCAAUCAUAUCGUCAGUGGAGGGCGAGCGCCGGCCGCCUGCCGAGGGCGGCAGCGAUACUGAGACCGCGCCUGAGGGGGAGGAGGAGGGUAAGACGCGCUGCAUUUGUGACUUCACGCAUGAUGAUGGUUACAUGAUAUGCUGUGACCGCUGCGGCGAGUGGCAGCACGUGGAUUGUAUGGGCAUCGACCGGAAUAAUAUACCAGACGCGUACAUGUGCGAGUUGUGCCAGCCGCGUCCCAUAGAUCGCCGGCAUGCGCGUUCUAUUCAGCAACGGAAACGAGAGGAGCUAAGUGCUCUGGGCGCAUCGGACACCGAGUCGGAGCCGGACCUGGGUCGUCCGCCUGGUCAGAGGAGGAAACGCUUGCUGACCGUCACUACGUAUACUAACACGAGUGGAACGUGCGUAACGACGUACAACUCCAAUCUUCCCGUUCUACCUCCCCUACCGCAACCGUCGCUAACCUUACCUAAGCGUGGACCCAAGCGCCCUAAGAAAGCAGAGGUGGUAAGAAAGGGAACUAAGCGAAAACUUUCUGAGAAAAGAGUGAAGCGGAAGAAAGAAAUAUUGUUAAAUAGAAGUAAAUAUAACUCGACGAUGUCAAAUCAAUCGCACUGGCGUGACUUGUACGAGCUGGCGGUGACGAAUCACUAUAGCCCCGAGCUGCGAGCUAAAAUUAUGAAAUAUAGCAGUAAGCUCGGUAGUACGUCUAACAUGGCAUCUGCCAUAACGACUCAUUUGUGUACGACGGUACCACACGCUGGUGGUAAAAUACUCAUCGCGACAAAAGAUCUCAAAGAGAAUACGCCUGUUAUUGAAUUAAGAGGUAAAUACAUGUUAUCGAAUCAGCAUAGACCGCAAUUACAAAAUUCCGCUCGUGCUGGCAGUCAAAAACCGGGUCCUUUUGUAUUUUUCUAUAGAUUACCCAAAGACAACACGCAAAUAUGCAUCGAUACAAGAACGUAUGGAAACGAGGCGAGGUUCGUGCGUCGCUCCUGCAAGCCGAAUGCAGAAUUACAACAUUGUAUCGUUAAAGGUACCUUGCACGUUUACUUGGUGACAAUUAAUGAUAUUCCUUCCAACACAGAGAUAACAGUUGGACAUGAUACAAAUGGUGGCAAGCAACCGUGUGCGUGUGGUAAUCCUAAACAUUGCAAAGCAAAUGGCUUAACGCCUUUGAUGCCUCGAAAAAGUUUGGAAUAUCCGCAGAGAGAAAAACGCAGUCGGAACAGAUGUUUCAGCUCAUCGUCUCCGGUGUCGCCGCCCUUAGCUUCGCUUAUAAAAACACCUGUUAAAGAUAUAUCACCAUCAUUCACGGCAAUCAAAUCUGAAAAGAAAUCUCCAAUAAAACACGAGUUCCCACCGACGUCACCCGUUAAAGAACCUUUACUUGCUUUAGAUUUCAAUGCAUCGAUAAAACCUGAUCCGUACCUUGACAUAAAAGAAGAAAACGAUGAAAUCGAUCUUACUGCUAAAGAAGAAAUGAAACCAGAUUUAGAUGAACCUGACUUUGUUAAAAUUGAACCCAUUAUACAUAAGGUUGAAAAGAAGAUCGAGCCUGAGAUUAAACCUGAGUUGGAACCAGAGCCAGAGUCAGAAACCGAAUCGGAGCAAGAACUAGAACCGGACCCGGAACCAGAACCAGAACCGGCGCCCGAACCGGAGCCGGAGCCGGAACCAGAACCUGAUCUUGAAACUGAACCGGAACCAGAACCGGAACCAGAACCGGAACUGGAACCGGAAUCGGAAGAGGCAAUUGAACCUUUUAUAGAGACCCCUGUAAUUACAAAGAAAACCGAGGUAAAUGAAGAAGUUUUAAUUCAACCUGCCGCGAUCGCUGGUGAGGAAACAGAACAAGAGAAAAUCGAAGAGAAAACUUUCGAACCUAAAGUGGAACAAGAGAGGCCAGUCACUCGAGAGUUAACUGCCAAGUCUGCGUGUCACGACAGGUCAUCGAGGUCGAGUCGGACGACGUGCGUCAAUCAUGAUUCGAUGGACGAUAAAACCGAUGACUCUCAAGACAAAAUACAAACCGCGGCAAACAAAGAAAAGGAAAAACGUAAAAUGACUCGUGAAGAGAGAAAAAUGGAAGCAAUAAUGAAAGCAUUCGAGAGAAUGGAAAAAGCUCAACAGAGAAAGCAAGAAGUAAAAGAGAGACAGAAACGAAGAGAAUCUGACCCACACCCGAGUAACAUAGAGAAAGAUGAUGACGACGACAUCCACUGUAGUGCUAAAAAACGAAAAAAACGUAGAGGACGGGCGAGAACAGCAUCACAAUCCAACAGACGACGUCUAAAUUCAGCAGACAGCGACCUUGUAACAUCAGGGGAUGAAGCUACACCUUUAUCUCCUCGAGCACCUUCACAACCGGAACACACUAUCCCUAUGCCGGAAUCUGAGAGACACCACGAACCUGUUAAUGAGGACCUUGGUUUAAGCUCGGCCUGUCUGCUCGUUGAAGCUGCUGUUGGUUCUGUUGAAUCGGCGUUCAAACUUCCCAAAACAAAGAAGACAAUGGCUACUGAAUGGAUCGGUCGGUCUCCCGAACGUACACCAUCCCCGUACCAAUCACCGUACAGACCUCCACUAGUUUCAGCUACUUCAUUAGAGAGCCUCGUUAGAGUAGCCUCCACGAUGAUCGGUGAUCUUAGCGGAAAUCAGGAUUACCAUGAGGAUGUACACAGUUCGCCUCCUAGGACUCCCGGUAGAGAGAGAAAUAGACCUCCGAAGAAGGCUAAGAGAAUAACAAGAAGCACUCCACCAAUAGAAGUUGCAGAGGUGAUUCCUGUCCAACAUAGCGCAAAGAAACGUUGGUUGCGGCAAGCUAUCAGCGAAGAGAGUGAUUCCCCAAUGGCCGAUGCAUUUGUUCCAGAGUCCCCGCCUAAUGAAAUCGUGACGCCCUUGAAAAAGAGAAGAAUGGCGAGGGAGUCUUUAUCGUAUGAACAGAAUACCAUAGUGCCUUGUAACGACGAGACUUCUCCGGUAUUAACGUCUGAAGAUUCUCCAGUCAAAGAGGACGCCCUGUCACUGGCUCGGCAGUACAAACGGAACAUAAUGGAAAUGUACAGCAGAGAUCGAACCCGCUCCGACAGCGGGCAGGGCUCCGACGAUCAGUGUAAUAUUGACCAUGACGUUCUUAACGUCAACUUAAAAGGACCACAUGAUAGUGAGCACAUACGUAGAAUUAUAGGUGUACCGACCCCAGAGGAGGAAAUACCACCAGAAAUAGCUAAACCAGAACAUGUCACUACCAAUAACAAUAACUUAGAAUUAGAAGAAUGCUUGUACAAUAAGGUCGUUCCUAUGGAAAUAGAUACAACAGUCAUAACGCAAACAAAAAUAGAAUCAAAUGAGAGUUUACAAGAUAUUAAGGGCGCAGAAAGCCCGAGCGAUAAAGUGAACAGCUCGCAGUCGGCCGACACGAGCGGUAACUCCUCGCCUCAACGAGACGAGAUGGACGACAUUCAGAAGAAAAUACACUCGUUUCACACGGAGAACAUACAGAUAUUGAAGAGUCGAAAUAAAAAGCCACCGAAAGAAAAACGGAAGAAGGUCAAUUUGAAUUUCGAUCUCAAUAUGGUAGACGACCAGAUCAGUAUCCAACUGCGAACCGAGGACAACACGAGCUCCAAGUCGCCAGAGAUGAACGGCGACGUACACGACGGCAACUCUCACGAGGACGCGAAACUGCUUGUCUCGCCGGAGAACAUACCGCUGCCGCCCGUCGAGUCGAUACCCCUGCCUGCGCCCGAGAACAUACCUCUGCCCGAGGAGCCCAGCCCGAUAUCGAUCAUCCCCUCCCCCGAGACGAUCCCGCUGCCGGAGGAGCCCAUGCGACCCGCACCCGUGGUCAUCGUCGAGAGGAAAGAGGAGAGAGAGCCGAUCGAUACCACACUCCCGUUCUUGUCGCGUUUCAGCUCGACCGGCCUCUUCUCGGGGAUCUUCAGCAACAUAUCGCACGCGCUGAAGGAGUCGCCGCCGAGCGAGAGCGUCCCGUGCGCGGCGACAAUAAAGAACGCGAUAGAGCGGUCGACGAGCCUCGACGGGGACGGCGGGCGGCCCGUGGAUGAGCUGCGCAGCGUGCAGGAGAUCCUGACGCGCGUCAACAACAUGGACACCAACAACAGCGUGCCGCUGUCGGGCGUGCUGCGCGCGGCGGGCGCGGCCGGCGUGCGCGCGCGCGCCAACGACCCGCGCCUGCACCCGCCGCCGCAGGACAAGCCUAAGCCCGUGCGCAGGAAGCUGUCAAUAAGCGAGUACCGCAAGCGUCACUCGGGCGCGGCGCCGGGCGAGGAGGGCGGCUGCGCGGGUGGCGGGGGCUGCACGGGCGGUGAGGGCGAAGGCUCGGGCGACUGGUCGCGUGGCUCGUCGGGCUCCGCCUCGCUGUCGCCACAGCGCCUCGACGCGGCCGCGGCCGCCGCCGUCGACGAGCUGGAGCAGCGCCUGCACCGGGACCUGGCCGUGCAGCUGGACCAGCGGCUGCGGCGCGACCUCGCCGUGCAGCUGCCUAAAGGCGUGUUCGACGCGCAGCCAACCGCCUCCGAGCGACAGCGAGAGAACCUGAGCUCGCGUCUGCGGCGAGAGUUCGGCCUCGCGUUGCCCGACGACGAGGACGCGCAGGCGCCCACCGACUUGGGCGCUAAGCGGUGCGACAGGUAGAGGCGACUGCGCUCGUAGACUAGACGUAGUAUUGUAAAUCUCACCGGCGCCGGACCGUCGCUUGUAAUAUAAUGUAACUUUUGUAUCUCGUCUCCGGUCUCUCGUGUAUAUUUCUGUUUUCGAUUCUUCCUCUUAUAAGUUCAAGGAUUCUCUGCGAGUACAAAUUGUUUUUUUAUUUCCUACUGUACAUAUUGUAUAUAGAAAUGAUAAUGUGGCGACUCACGCGGUACGUAUGUAUAAUGAUGGUAAAUGAAAUAAAUAAGAUUUUUAUAUAUGUACAAUGUUUAUGUAUCUUAUUGAUAUGUUUAUUUAUUACGGACAGCGGAGUCUAAGAAAACGUUGGAUAUAGGAUUUUUGUACGCAUCAUAAUGUCUAAGUAAAUUAUAGUUGUUUUUAUUGUUUUAAUUUUUUUAUUGUAUACAACGGGGUAAUAGUCCCGUUAGGUAUAUAGGUAACUUGUUAGUAUAGGAUGUUUCUGGUGUAAUUUAGUGUCGAAUUAUCAUAAGCCAAUUUUAGAGUUAAAUCAGUGUCAUAAUUUAAGUGUGUGCAAGUGGCGAAGUUCACACCAUCACAAGGCUUAUAGGCGACUGGGUACUCGCUGGAUUUGACGAAUCGAUUCUAGAUAACCAUUCAAUAAAUAUAAUAACUCUUUAAAUAAACAUUGAAAUAUCGUUUAUCGAAAUAAAUUUCAAAGAAAAAUGUUCAUGAUAUGCUUAUUUUAUUUUUAGGGUUAAUAAAUCUUUACUUAGUAACUCGUAACCAAAUUGACAAUAGAUAUCAUAUCAUCACAAUAGUGUUAAUGGGACAUUUUAAUGGUAUCUAAAAUCGAUUCGAAAUGGCCCCUUUAUACAUAUAUAGAUCGUAACCCAUUUCUUCAUAUACUCGACAAUAGUUUAAACCAAUGAAAUAUUAGUCCGAAACGCAAUUAUGCUCCCGUUGUGAAAUAGAAGCUAAUUGUAUAUUAAAAUCUAUUUUACAUUAAAAGUAACCAAGUUACAAUAAGUGUAAUUGUGUUUCGUACUAUGCGAUGAAUCUUUACUGAUUUUUGUAUACGCCAACGUUUAAAUUAUAUAAAAUUAUUUGGAUUAUUCUUUUACACAUAAUUUUCGUUCAUUAUUUAUUUUAUAUUUUGCUGGCAACAAUUGUUUUUUUUUUUUUUUGUAAAUUAUUUUAAAAUGGCGUCUGCAAUAUGAAACUCGCGGUCAUUAGUACCUGACUCGUCAACAACGAAUAGAUGUUGUGAAAAAUCCGGGCUAACCCCAACCCAGUGAAAUCGUGUGACCGACGGAAUUGCAAAAUAUUCUGUUUGUUAUUUCUUUUCGUUCGUUUUCUUUAGUCUUCAAUCGUGGCCUAAACGCAAUGGCUUAGUUUGUUCGAUUUUGAUACGAUGCUAGGAAAACAGUAAAAAUAUAGUUUUAUGUACUUUCUUUGCCUCAUUUAAUCUCGAUAAAGAAGUUUUAAUUAAACGGGAUCUGCUAGUGUGACUGCGAUUUGUGCCCAGUGUGAGCGAGAAUCCAUCCUAAAAAUUGCUCAAUAUUUUUUUUCAAAUUUAUUCGUGAGUCAAUAAUGUUCAUAUUAUAUAAUAUUCGGUCAGCGUAACGAUUAAAAAAACAAUAACAGGGAAAUUAAUCUAUACCAUUAUUUGAAUAUUUGUCUGUUGUUUGUAGAACUAAUAUGAGAAAUCAUAUCAACAGAUUUUGAGGUCAGUAAUCCAGUUUCAAAGUUACCUAAAGUUGAGGCCGACCUCCUACAGCUUGCUAACAUUACAGAUUUCUUAUCGACAAAUAGUUUGUUAUUUUUAAAUAUCUAAUUACAAAUGUACAUUACCAUAGUAUUCCGGAUAAACUGUAUCCGAUAUGGCCGAUAGGUAAAUUUGUAAUGCAGUUCUAAAGCUGUGCUUUGCGCUGUAUACAUUGUUAGGGAUGCCGGGUAUGGCCUUGAAAUUACCGCCUAAAUUAUUUGAUAAGAGUAGGCUGAGCCAUAUACGAAAUUUGUGUUCAUUUCGAUACUUAAUUUUAUUUGUGAUGCUUUGCUUUUCACUUGGUGAUAUCAGCUAUCUUCCAGAUGAUUUCUCGAUUAAUAAAUAUUUUAAUAAUUAUAAUUUUUUUUUUGUAAUCUAAAAUACAAGCACUGGAGUGUAGAAAUAACUUAUCGACGAAUAAUAAUAUAAUGUGUUUAGUUAUAUGAAUGUAGAGUGGUAUUGUCACGUUUUUGGAAAUUCUUAUAAAUAUUUUGUGCGUAUCAUUUUUGUUAUAAAUUAAUGUAACCUAAUAAAUAUAUUAUAUUUUUUGUUGAGUGAAAAUUUUCACGUGUUUGAUAUUUUUAUUGAUUAAAAAUAAGUUUGCAUUUUAAUUUAAAUUUACAUAAUAGAUUUUAAUGAAUGCUUCAAAGAUGCGACAAUAUUAUCCGAUUUACAAACUACUUAAAAAUAAAACCUCAGUUCUCCGCAUAAUGUUUAAAUCUAGGUGUUAGUCAGACUGUUGCAAUAAUUCGCCUAAAGGCAAAACAUGUAGUGGGUAAAGGAUGAUAGGCACGCAAAAUAAUAAGCAGCUUUUUAUUUAAUUCGUAUAAUUUUAUAUAUUUUUGUAUAGAGAAAUGAUUGAAAUUUAUUUUUUCGAUCCGAUUUAAGUAUUCGAGUUGUGCAACAAGGUGCGUCAUGACAGUAAGUCAUGAACAAUGUAUAUAUCUCAGGUUGUUAAAUAAAAUUUAAAUUUAAACGCUUUCUCCUGAUGUUAAAGUGCAUUUUGCUGUAACGUUUUAUAUAUCAUGUGUUUUUUUUUUGAGUGCGGGACGCCAUCUAGUGUAUAAUUGUUUUCAUUUUUAGUGACAAAAAUUCAAAUAUAUAAUAUUUUGUAUGUAAAUUUGUCGAUUUUUAAACAGUGAAUGGACUUACAUCAUAUAAGUUUUAUUGAUUUAAAUUAAGUCAAUAAUUAAAUAAUACACAAUGACAGCAUAAUGCGCUGUAACGUAUGAAAUCUUUGUAGUAUAUUAGAAAAAAUCUUUGUGAUAACUUUUAAAUAUCAUUCAGUAGAGAAACUGUGUCUUGUAAAUAGUAUAAUUAAUAUUAAGUGAAAAAGCUACAUAUAUUUUGUUAAAGGUGAUUGAAGAGAGCAAAUUUAAUAUAAUUUGCCUUCGUCUCAGUGUUGUCUCCCACCUCGGCCUGUCCCCGACCUAUUCGGUUUUACUUUGUAACAAUGGAAUAUUUUGCAAUACAAAUUAUAUCUUUUUUUUUGUUAACUUAAGUGGAUCGUAAAAUAGUGGCGCUGUAUAUUAUUCAGAUGUUAAAUAUUAUUAUUUCUUUCUUAAUGUUUGAACUAAGCAUGUAAAAUUUAAAAUAUUAAUAUAGAAUAAAAGAUGUUAUGAUAAUUAAUUACAUAAAA